GAGGAUAGAGGGCGUGGCCUGAGGAAGGAGGGAGGGAGGUGGCGGCCGCGGCGAGCUGGGCCAUUUCAGUGAGCGGCAGCAGCGCAGGCGGCCAGGCCAGGAUGCGCUUGGUAUCGUCUUGCGGCGGCCGCAGCAGCAGCAGCAACAGCAGCAACGAGCCCGCCGUUUUCCUCCUACCGCAGCUGCGCUAGCGCACUCCGUUCAGUCACAGCGCCGCGCUCCGUCUCGCCGCCUGGCCCCUCCUCCUCGCUCUUCCUUCUCUGCCAGCUUAGUCUCUCCGUCUUCUUUCUCUUUGCUUCGUUGGCUGCCGUUCUUCCUCCGCGUCUCCCAUGGCGGCCCAGGGCAACAUCGUGUCCGUUAUGGCGAGUAAAACCAAGACGAAGAAGAAGCAUUUCGUGGCCCAGAAAGUCAAGCUCUUCCGGGCCAGCGACCCGCUCCUCAGCGUUCUCAUGUGGGGGGUGAAUCACUCGAUCAAUGAACUGAGCCAUGUUCAAAUCCCUGUUAUGUUGAUGCCAGAUGACUUCAAAGCAUAUUCAAAGAUAAAAGUGGACAAUCACCUUUUCAACAAAGAAAAUAUGCCAAGCCAUUUCAAAUUCAAGGAAUAUUGUCCAAUGGUUUUUCGUAAUCUACGAGAGAGGUUUGGAAUUGAUGAUCAGGAUUUUCAGAAUUCUCUGACAAGGAGUUGUCCACUUGCUAAUGAUUCUCAAGCUCGGAGUGGUGCCCGAUUUCACACCUCUUAUGACAAAAGAUAUGUCAUCAAAACCAUAACAAGUGAAGAUGUAGCAGAAAUGCACAAUAUACUGAAGAAAUACCACCAGUUUAUAGUGGAGUGUCAUGGCAACACACUACUUCCCCAAUUUUUGGGCAUGUACCGGCUUACCGUUGAUGGAGUUGAAGUAUAUAUGAUUGUUACAAGAAAUGUAUUCAGCCAUCGUUUAUCUGUUUAUAGAAAAUAUGAUUUAAAGGGCUCUACAGUAGCAAGAGAAGCCAGUGACAAGGAAAAGGCCAAAGAACUGCCAACAUUCAAAGACAAUGAUUUCAUCAAUGAUGGUCAAAAGAUUUAUAUUGAUGAAGCCAACAAAAAGAUGUUCCUUGAAAAGCUUAAAAAGGAUGUUGAGUUCCUUGCUCAGUUAAAACUCAUGGACUACAGUUUGCUGGUUGGAAUUCAUGAUGUUGAGAGAGCAGAACAGGAGGAGGUAGAAUAUGAAGAGAACGAUGAAGAGGAAGGAGAAAGUGAUGGGACUCACCCUAUUGGAACGCCUCCAGAUAGCCCAGGAAAUACUCUGAACAGCUUGCAGCCUUUAGCUCCAGGAGAAUUUGAUCCAACCAUCGAUGUUUAUGGAAUAAAAUGCCAUGAAAAUGCACCUAGGAAGGAGGUAUACUUUAUGGCCAUCAUUGAUAUACUUACACAUUAUGAUGCAAAAAAGAAAGCUGCCCAUGCUGCAAAAACUGUCAAACAUGGUGCGGGUGCAGAGAUUUCAACAGUUAACCCUGAACAGUAUUCAAAGCGGUUCUUGGACUUUAUUGCCAACAUUUUGACGUAACCUGAUGUUCCAUUGGACAGAUGCAAGAUCUGGGAACAGCAGCAAUGGCUAAAAGUGUGUAAGGGAUAAAAGCUUCUUUUUAAAGGAACUCUCAAGUGCUAUCUUGCAGAAGGCAGCCCCUUGUUUACAUCUGCUGGUGAAGGUGACUGACUGGGGUGAAAUACUUGCUUUAACAGCUGCCUGAUUAUGCCCAGCAUAGUUCUAGCUAUUUCUGAUGCGUGUGUGUGUGUGAGUGUGCAAAAAACAAAUAUAAAUUAACUAAUAAUAACUAAAAUAGAUCGGCUUCUUACUCGGUGUGCAUUGCAGCAACAACACUCUAUGGAUAAUAGCUGAGCUGGAAUGAAUAGUCAAAGGAGUUGGGGGGGAAGGAAUAUGUGCAUGUUAAGUUCAACAAUAUUGGUAUCAAAACUAUAAACUGUGGAUCAGUUUAUACUUUGAACUGAGAGGUGCAAGACAGUAUUGGUAGUGAUGAUCACUAUGAUCUUACUGCAGACAUUCAUCAGUCCUGCAUGUUGGCACUCUUUAAAAAUGGAGGUAUCAUAAGCUCCAUGUGCCGGAAGCUUUCCUGUUGCAAUCUUUUUUAGUGUUAUUAAGUUGUCCCAUAACAGGAAAAAGUCUUCCAGCAAUUUAGAAGGUUCGCUUUUGUUUUAGCAAAAUCUAAUGCCAGAAUCAUGCUGUGUGUUCUUUGCCAAGGAUAAACAUUUGAUUGGGGGGGGAGGGGGGCAAAAGUAUAAGACUGUUUAAUUGUCAUUAAAUGAAGAUUUUACUCUGUAUGUUUAUCAUAUAGGAGCUGAAUGUACUACAAAGGAAAUCAAUUAUGCUUUUUGGAAGGAAUUAAUAAUUUUGGGCAAUAAUUGCAUUUUCCACCACACGAACAAAAUAAUAGGAAAGUCUGUCUGUUCACCUGUAACUGAUCAAAAACAAGACAUUUAAAUGCUUACAUUGUGCUGUUUUUAAUAUUUUAUUAAAAUAUUUUUUCUUUAAGCCCUAAAUUUUACUGUUUACAUUAAGAGGAAAACAGGGAUGCUUUGAGUAUGUGAAUCUGAAGUUUACAUGUAAAGUUAUUUCGCAUUACAGAUGAAGUAAUUUUUUGAAGUGUAAUAUGCAGUAAUGUACACAAAUGGAUAUUCAUUCACCUCCAUAAUAGAAAACUUCUUUCUACAAUCAAGGGCAACAGGUUGUUUUGAUGGUAUUUUUAUUAUCUAAUUAGCUUUGUUUCUCCAAAUUAUUUUGUGUUACUGCUUGAAAUUAUGUUGUCACCUGUAACCUGUUAUAAAAAAAAAACUCGGAUCACUUUGGGGGGAAGGUUCCAAACUUUGGAAAGGACAGAAUUAGAUAUGCUUAAAACUUCUAUUCUCUGCUUAAUACACUGUGCUAAAAUUGUGCCUUUUAAAAAUGAUUUGUUGAAACAGACAUUCAUAGGCAACUCAGAAAAAAGAAGUCACACUCUCCCACUGCAGUGUAAACCUUAUUUCACAAAUGCCAGGUUGCCUUUUCCAAUAACUCAAUGCCAGUGCUGUUAAGAUUGCAGCUGUGCAUCAAUAUGUGGUGUUGACUUCAGAGGAGAUGGAUAAAAUAAUAGCUGAUCUUAUUCUUAUGUGGCCAAAGGCAAUAUAUCCUUGUUACUCUAUACGAUUUUUAACAGGGUUGUGUUACCUUUUUUUACCAUAUCUAAUUGGGUUUUAUUUUUCCACCAAAGAUAAAGAAUCUUAAAGAGUGAUAGGAUUGUUAGUUAUUCUUGUCAUUCCCCCCCUUGUUUUUAACCCACAACAUUCUUGGACACUUUAAAGCCCGUUUCUAUGGGAAAACAGAUGGAUGUUAAGAUUUACACUGGGUCUUCAAGAUCAUCCAUCCACCAUAAUUUUACCCAAAUUGGAGUUUGUCCCUAUUGGUACUGGGAUCUGCUUCUUGGGAAAGGGCCAUAGCUGAGUGUUGGAGCACACAAUAUUGCACGUAAAAGGUCCCAGGUCCAAUCUCCAGAUAGGGCUAGGAAAGACUCCUCUCUGAAAUCCUGGAGAGUCUCUGCUAGUCAAUGUAGACAAUACUGAGCUAGAUGAACCAAUGGCCUGACUCGAUAUAAGACAGUUUCCUGUGAUGUGUCUUACCAGUGCUGUGGUCUCUUUUCACUUCUGCUGCUUUGGUGUAUUUCCCAGCCAGCUAUACAGACCAUUAAUUACUUGGGGGGGGGGGGCACAUCGGUUUCUCACCAACUGAGUCCUUCCCUUUGAUACAUUUAUAAUGUUAAUAAUCGCCUGGUUAUUGUGUCGCACAAUGACGAUGCUGGUUCCAUUCUUAAAAAAAAAAGUAUGUCAGCUGCUGCAAAUAUGGAUGGCAUAGUAGCUAGCUUGUUCAACAUCUUGGAAUAGCUAUAGCUUCUGUCUUAGGUUUUGACUGUCACUGAGGCACAUGAUACACAUAAUUGCAUUCUUCAGUUUUGGAUAUAUUACAAAAGCCAUUUCAGGUAAUACAAGGAACAAUUGUAAAUCAUUGACAAGGGAUAGGCCAUACACACACUUUCCACACAUGCUACCCUUUUCAGACAUUGAACAAAUCUUUUGAGGUUCCAUUUUCUUUUUUUAUAAUAUUUUUGUAACAUUAUUUCUGAAAAUUCCAGUCAUUGCAAAUCUACCCCCAAAUGGCUAUACCAUUGGGAGUUUAUAGAGCUCUGCCUAGCUGAUAAACGUAGCAGUGAUACUUCACCAAACAAAUUACCAUCUCCUUUCCCACCUGAAUCUCUAUUGGUACGAUUGGAUGUAUUAUAUGCUGUAUACUUGGGUGGGCUGUCACCACAAAUGUUACCACCAGUGACUUUUCAGGAUUAUAAAUAAACUUAACUAAUUUCUACUGU